UGAUUAACUCGAGGCUGAAAACAGGUCAAAGGGUGUUUCCAGAGCAGAGGACUCACUCCACUCUGAGAGGAAGCUCAUCUGCCAACACCCAGCAGCCUCCAUCCCACAGUAAUGGACCCGUUUGUUGACUCCAAUCCGAGAGAAACGCUGAAGCGAGUUUCAGCUUUGCUGGGCUGCAGCCCGACCUCUGCAGACGUGGCUGCGUACCUGGACAAAGCUGACAGCCUGAAGCAUCUCCGGGAGGAGUUCCUGGUGCCCAGAAUUGCAGAUUUGCCUCAUUCCGAUCUCUCGCUGGUCGAUGGCACCAAGGAAUGCAUCUACCUUGUGGGGAACUCGUUGGGGCUUCAGCCCAAAAUGGCCCGGAAGUACCUGGAGGAGGAGCUGGAGAAGUGGGCCAAAACGGGAGUGCAUGGUCACACAGAAGGCUCUCGGCCUUGGGCGUGGGCUGAAGACAACAUCGAGGACCUCAUGGCUGAUGUUGUUGGAGCUAAAACGGAGGAGGUGGCGCUGAUGAACGGCCUGACAGUUAACUUACAUCUUCUCCUGCUUUCCUUCUACAAACCCACAGCAGCUCGGCACAGAAUCCUUCUAGAGGACAAGGCCUUCCCGUCAGACCACUAUGCUGUAGAGUCUCAGAUCCGGCUGCGAGGGUUCGACCCUAAGAAGAGCAUGCUGCUGCUGUCCCCCAGACGGGGAGAAGACACUCUGAGAACUGAGGACAUCCUGGAGGUGAUCGAGAAGCAGGGCGACUCCAUAGCUGUGGUGAUGUUCAGCGGGGUCCAGUAUUACACCGGCCAGCUGUUCGACAUGUCCGCCAUCACUAAGGCCGGCCAGAGGAAGGGCUGUUAUGUGGGCUUUGAUUGCGCCCACGCUGUGGGAAACGCAGAGCUGAAGCUGCACGACUGGGGGGUGGACUUUGCCUGCUGGUGCUCCUACAAGUAUGUAAACUCAGGCGCUGGAGGACUAGCCGGAGCUUUUAUCCACAAGAAACACAAAGACAUCAAGCCUGCCCUGGUGGGAUGGUGGGGCCAUGAUCUGAAAACUCGGUUCCUGAUGGGUAACGAGUUGAAGCUGCAGCUUGGAGUGAACGGCUUCAGACUGUCCAACCAGCCCAUCCUGCUGGUCUGCCCCCUGCAGGCCAGUCUGGAGGUGUUUAAGAUGACCAGUAUGAAGGCGCUGCGCAGGAAGUCCCUCCUGUUGACGGGCUACCUGGAGUACCUGAUCCAGCACUACUACACCAAGGACCCAACUCAGCCUCACAUCCGCAUCAUCACGCCCUCUGACCCGGAGCAGAGAGGCUGUCAGCUCUCACUCUGCUUCCCCAUCCACAUCCCCAUCAGAAAGGUCUACCAGGAGCUGGAGAAGAGGGGCGUCGUUUGUGACAUGAGGGAGCCCAGCGUGCUCAGAAUCGCUCCGGUGCCGCUCUACAACUCCUUCAGCGACGUCCAUCGCUUCAUAGAAACACUGGGAUCAGCUCUCACUGCCAGCAGCCGAUGAAGGAGGAUCAGAUUUAACCCACUGACACACCUUGCUUCAGGGGAAACGUGUGAAACCUUUAAAACAGUGGAUGCAUUUUACUGUAAGCCUCGUUAUCUUAGCCAGCACUGCGGAACAACGGUCUGUCCUGUUUUCAUGUGUCUUUGUUAACAUGCAUCUGUGGGAAUUAAACUCCACCAAUUAAAAAG